AUGGCAUCAAGCAGGUCCCUGGAACAGAAUGGAAACUACUCUUCUGUGACUGUGUUUGUUCUCCUGGGUCUCUCAGAUGAAAAAGAGAUACAGCUCAGGCUCUUUUCACUAUUCCUAGGGACCUACCUCGUGACCCUUAUCUGGAACCUGGGCCUCAUUCUCCUAAUCAGGAUGGACACCCACCUGCACACUCCUAUGUACUUUUUCCUCAGUUUCCUUUCAUGUAUUGACAUCUGCUAUUCUACUUCCAUCAGCCCCAGAAUGCUUUCAGACUUAUUUAAAAAGGAAAAAACUAUCCCCUUCGUUGCCUGUGCCACUCAGUAUUUUGUUGCAGAUUGGAUGGGUCUGACUGAGUGCUGUCUGUUGGCUGCCAUGGCCUACGAUCGAUAUGUAGCCAUUGGCCGCCCUCUGCAGUACUCAACCAUCAUGGCUCCUCAGCUCUGUGGGAAGAUGGUCGCUGGGGCCUAUGUGAGUGGUUUGAUUAGUAGUGUAUCUCUAACAGUCUCUUGCUUUAGUCUCUUCUACUGUGGACCAAAUAUUAUUCAACAUUUCUUGUCUGACUUUCUCAAGAUAAUUUCCUUGUCUUGCUCCAAUCCCUUCAUCAGCCAAAUGAUUCUCCUUCUGGUAGCUACGAUUUUUGGAUGUGGUUCUCUGUUUAUUAUCCUCUUUUCCUAUGGUUUCAUUGUAACUUCCAUUUUGAAAAUAUCCUCCAGCAAAGGUAGCGCCAAGGCCUUUAACACCUGA